AGAAGACAACGUCUCGGGGAAUCCAGAGCGGUAUUGGUCUCUUUCCCUGGGCUCCGAUCUGGGGUGCCCUCUUCAUCUUUUGCCUGUUCUGGGGAAUCCAGGUGUCUCUAGAGCCGCCUCUGUUAUCCUGUGACCUGCAGGUGCCGGGAGAUUUGUAGGGACGACACCGGGACAUCCCGGAAGCUGGGAAAUGAUUUCUAGCUUUUUUUUUCAGGAACUGUUGACAUUCAGAGAUGUGUCUAUAGAAUUCUCUAUGGAUGAGUGGGACUGCCUGGACCCUGCUCAGCACAAUUUGCAUCGGGAUGUCAUAUUAGAGACCUACAGACACCUGGUCUUCCUUGGGCUUGCUGUCUCUAAGCCGGACCUCAUCACCUGUCUGGAGCAAAGGAAAGAACCAUGGAAGGUGAAGACUCGCCAGACAGUGGUCAAGCACCCUGUUAUAUCUAAUCAUUCUACCCAGAGCAAUUCACAAGUGCUGGGCGUGAAUAUUUUAUUACCAGAGAUAAUCCUGAGAAGAUAUGAAAAUGAUAGCCCUGAGAAUUUCAACUCAAUAAAAGACUGGGAUAGAGUGUGUGAGUAUAAGCAGCAGAAAGUAUGUUACAAUGGACUAAACGAAAGUUUAACAGCUAUGCAUGGUAAAACCUACGAAUGCAGUAAACGUUUCCAAGUUGUCAGAGAAUUAUCAAAUGUAAAUAGACAUAAGAUGACACAUACUGGGGAAAUAGCAUUGGAAUGUAAUAAAUAUGGGAAAGCCUUACAACUAUGCUCAAACAUUGGUAAACAUAAGAUAACCCAUUUUGUGGAAAAGCAGUACAAAUGUAAAGAAUGUUGCAAAGUCUUUAAGCCUUGCUCAAGCUUGUCUAAGCACAAGGGACUUCAUACUGGAGAGAAAAUCUCCCAUUGUGAGAAUGAUGACAAGUGUCUUAGCCACAGCUCAAGAUGUUCGAACCACAAGACAAUUUAUAAUGUACAGAAACCUUACAAAUGUAAAGAAUGUGAUAAAUCCCUUAACUGUUACUCAUCCCUUUCUGUACAUAAAAGAAUUCUUUCUUGGGAAAAACCCUACGAAUGUGAAGAAUGUGGAAAAGCCUUUAACCAGUACGCAUCUCUUUCUGUACAUAAAAGAAUUCAUUCAGGAGAGAAACCCUACAAAUGUGAAGAAUGUGGAAAAGCCUUUAUUGAUUCCUCACACCUUUCUAGACAUAAGAGAAUUCAUUCUGGAGAGAAACCGUACAAAUGUGAAGAAUGUGGCAAAGCCUUUUACCAGUACUCAUACCUUUCUAGACAUAAAAGAAUUCAUUCUGGAGAGAAACCCUACAAAUGUGAAGAAUGUGGAAAAGCCUUUAACGAUUCCUCAACUUUUUCUGUGCAUAAAAGAAUUCACUCUGGAGAGAAACCCUACAAAUGUGAAGAAUGUGGCAAAGCCUUUAAUCGGUACUCAAACUUUUCUGUACAUAAAAGAAUUCACUCUGGGGAGAAACCCUACAAAUGCGAAGAAUGUGGAAAAGCUUUUAACCAGUACUCACACUUUUCUGUACAUAAAAGAAUUCAUUCUGGAGAGAAACCCUACAAAUGUGAAGAAUGUGGAAAAGCCUUUAACGAUUCCUCAACUCUUUCUGUACAUAAAAGAAUUCAUUCUGGAGAGAAACCCUACAAAUGUGAAGAAUGUGGCAAAGCCUUUAACCGGUACUCAAACUUUUCUGUACAUAAAAGAAUUCACUCUGGGGAGAAGCCCUACAAAUGUGAAGAAUGUGGAAAAGCUUUUAAUCAGUACUCAAACCUUUCUGUACAUAAAAGAAUUCAUUCUGGAGAGAAACCCUACAAAUGUGAAGAAUGUGGAAAAGCCUUUAACUAUUCCUCACACCUUUCUGUACAUCAAAGAACUCAUUCUGGAGAGAAACCCUACAAAUGUAAAGAAUGUGGAAAAGCUUUUAAAAAUUCCUCAACCCUUUCUGUACAUCAAAGAGUUCAUUCUGGAGAGAAACCUUACAAAUGUGAAGAAUGUGGAAAAGCCUUUAAGCAGUACUCACACAUUUCUAGACAUAAGAGAAUUCAUUCUGGAGAGAAACCCUACAAAUGUGAAGAAUGUGGUAAAGCCUUUAACCGGUAUGCACACCUUUCUGUACAUAAAAGAAUUCAUUCUAAAGAGAAACCCUACAAAUGUGAAGAAUGUGGAAAAGCCUUUAAUGAUUCCUCAACCCUUUCUGUACAUAAAAGAAUUCAUUUUGGGGAGAAAUCUUAUGAAAGGGAACAAUGUGGCCAAUGCUUUAACCAGUACUCACGCCUUUCUGUACAUAAAAAAAAAAUUAAUUCUGGAGAGAAACAUUACAAAUAUGAAUAGUGUAGCAAACCCUUAACUCAGAGUCUAACUCAGAAACAUUACAAAUAUGAAUAGUGUAGCAAACCCUUUAACUCAGAGUCUAACCAGCCUGUAUAUUAAAAGAGAAUGAGAUAACAUGGAAACCCUAGAAAUAUGAUGAAUGUGGCAGUACCUUACUUGGUGUUCAUAACUUAAUGAAGCUUGUAGAAAUUUACUCUGGAGAGAAAUUCUACAACUGUGAACGGUGUGGCGAUGCACUUAAGCAGAGCUCAAACUUUACUACACAUAAGAAAAUUCAUAUAGGAGAGAAAUCUUAUAAAUGAGAAUAACAUGACAAAUGUUUUAACUGAUUCUUGGCCCUUAGUAAACAUAAGAGAAAUCAUGUCAGAGAAAAAUCACAAUAUGAAGGUGCAUGGAAGCUUUAUGGCAGAAAUCACAGUUUUGUGUACACAGUAGAAUUUGUGUUGAACAGAAAAGCUGUAAAUGUGAGGAAGAUGAGAAGUGUUUAACCUCUACUCAAACAUUUCUCUAUGAAAUUUAUGACAGAGAAAACCACUACAACUGUGAAGACAGUGUCGAAUCCUAUAACCAGGAUUCACACAUUUCAGUACAGAACAGAAUUCAUAGAGAUACUCCACAUAUGUGAAGAAUAUGACAAGGUCUUUAAAUAUUUCUCAUACUUUUGUAAUCAUAAUUCAUAUGGAAGAAAUUCUCUACAAAUGUCAAUGAUGUCUUAAAGUUGUGUUUAUCCUGUUUGGUAGGGCUAGAGAGAGACAGGGGCAGAUGAUUCUAGGGCAUCCUUGUCCAUACUGAGAAGGAACAAAAUUACCAGACUGGGCUGCCAAGAAAGGAAAGCAUUUCAACAAGGCUUUCAAUAACUGAACUGAUGUUUGCUUGACAAAAAUGACUCACAGGUAGAGAGGCCCCAGGGUGGAGAUAUGGCCAAGGCCACUAAAAGGGGUCUUUGUAGCAUGCAUACAAGUAAGGUGACAGUAGCCUCAAGGGACCCAUUUUCAUAAACACAAUAAAAUCUUCACCACUUUUUUUUGAGAAAGAGUCUCACUUAUUAACCCUCAGUAGGGUGCCGUGGCGUCACAGCUCACAGCAACCUCCAAAUCCUUGGGCCCAGGUGAUUCUGUUGUCCCAGCCUCCUUAGCAGCUGGGAGUACAAUCACUUUUAUCACAAUUAACAAAUACUAUGACAACUUGUAGAAAUUGAUUUAGAGGGAUAGAAAUGGGAGGACUCUUCAUUCGGGAAUUUUUCCCCCUUUCCAGGAAAAAUAGUAAAUAUAUUACCCCCACUACCACUUAACAUAGAUUUGGAAAAUUAUCAUGAAGGGAAAAAAUCUCACUAACCCAGCAUUUCUCCACUUGAUAAGGUAGAUGUCUCCCUUCUCUGGAGUGUACUGUGCUUUAAUAAACUUUGACCUUUUGCUCACUUGUACCUACUUGUUCUGCUCAUUUGUUCCAUUGUCUUGGUACCAGUAACUAUGCUGUGUCACCUGGAACCAAAAACCAGGGAUCGCACACUUGACAUCUGUUCCCCAUAUGUGACAUUUUAGUGCCAAAAUCUGGGAGGAAAGUGUACAUUUUCAGCAAGAUAAGGUAAUGGAACAUUAGACCUUCUGAAUUCACGCUGCCUGAUACACAGUACUUAUUACACUUACAGCUCUCACUCUCUUUGCUUUCCAGGUAAUAUAGCUCCUUACCUACCCCUGCUCCAUUUCUUUCUUUUUUCAUCUCCACAAUGCACAUCCUGCCCCAGUUGGGCCUGAUAUUCAAAAGCAUACAAAGGGGCCUCUGGCUCCACAAGCAGAACAUUAAACCAGAUUUUUAAGGUCUUGAUAAGGAGAAUUGGGAUAAAAGACAGCAAGAGAAAGCUAGGCCAGCAUCAGUCCCCAAGAGCUGAAGGAAGCUUUGGAAAUGGUUGGUACCACUAGGGAAGAAGGUUGUCAGGAACAGAGUUACUCUAGGGUCAGGCAAGAAGCCACCAGGCCAGAGCCCUUCCCCCACCAUGACUAUAGGUUCCUGGAGUCAGGAAUGGCUCAGGAAGCAGCCUGUGCUGGGACCUUCCCCUCAGUACUAGAGAGAUGCCCUGGAAGUGACAUUUCUCUCUUCUGGAGAUGGGGGAUCAAACUUCCCUUCCAGACCCUGUGAAAUCCUGAGCCAGCUCUGACUCUCUAGAACUCUUUCUUGAGCUUCAGAACAAGGUCCACUUUCAGAUGCUGGGAAGGCUGGUUGUUGGGUAGCUCUCUGUGUAAUAGUAAGCAAACUGAUUAUAACAUUAGAGCCACCCCUCUGGUCUCCCCGAAUAUUCAGGGCCUCUCUUUCCCUCUCUUACAUCUUUCUUAAAAAUGGAAGCUAAAAUAUAAACCAACAGUGUACUCUAAAGUCCCUCUGCUCCCUGGCUGAUGAUGCCUUGUUUAUUUUUUUUUAGUGCUUUCCAGCUGGCCUAUUCCAUUGUUUGAUGAAGUGUGAACUUUGAGCUAGAGACCGAAAUCUUGUAAAAGCACCUUCCCAGGCCUUUAAAUAGAAAAGACUUAACUUCCAUUCAAAAUAGGAAAAAAACUUAAAGCAAGAAGGAACAAGCAUGUAGUAGACAGAUGUGAAGAAACUUAUGAAUAGGAGGAAACAUGGGUAUCAAGAACAUUAAAAGGAAAGAGAAUGAUUUUGUGUAUGACAAAACCUAAUAACAAUAUUUCUCCUAAAAUAAGUGAUCAUUUGAGAAGAAAAUAUGCUUUUUUUGAGACCGUCUCAAGCUGUCGCCCUGUUUAGAGUGCUGUAAUGUCACAGCUCACAGCAAACUCAAACUCUUGGCCUUAAGCGAUCCUCUUGCCUCAGCCUCCCAAGUAGCUGGGACUAAGGCGCCCACCACAACACCCAGAUAUUGUUUUGCUUAUAGUUGUCAUUGUUUGGCGGGCCUGGGU